AUGGUAGGAACAGCUGAGCUAGCACAAGGCUGGUGGAGGCAGUGGCAGUGGGGGGCGGCGGGGGCGGUGUCGAGACACGCGGAGUGGCUGCGCUUUAUCAUCCCGCGAUUAGAUAAAGCAAAACCGCUGAAAGCGAGGUGGAGGCAGUCAGUAGUAGCGAACCGCGCGCGCGCCCGCACCACGCUCCCACCGCUGCUUAAUCCGCCGCCGUAUUCAGCUCGUCCGCUCCCAGCACCGCUGUAA